GAGCCGGACGGUAUAUUUCAUCUGUCUAGAACGCACGUGUUUACGUUUUUACAAAUUGAACGCAAUUUCUUCGCAACUUUCGGGUAUUAUUAAUAUCCGACCAGCAAAAUGGGCAGAAACAAUCGCUCCCGAAAACGCCGCGAUGAAAUGAAUAAGAUAAAGAAGGCGCGGUAUGAGGCUAAGGAGUUGAUUCGCCUGAAGAAAACUCUGGGACUGCUGGAUGCCGAUGGCAACGAGAUCAUGAAAGAUAUUAGCGAUGUGGUCGAAGUUAAGACCUCCAAGGAGAUCAAGAGGGAGGCCAAAUCCAAGGAGGAGCAGGAACUGAUAUACGAGCACCAGGAAAGUCUGGAGCAGGGUGAAAAGGUGAAGGUGAAGAAUGAAAACACAGGUGUAGAGCACGUUUUCAACAGCAAGACCCUUAAGGAUCAGUACGGAAAUUAUCCUGCGUGGUUCAAAAAGAAGAAGACCGCCAAGCGUCUAAGGAAGAAGCAGCACUCCCAGAAGAAGAACUUCAAACAGGCAUGGACCACGGUUAAUGUACCCCUUUAAAUUCGGGGCAGGGGGUUACCCAUCUGGUAUCUUAACUUAGUUCGUAAGUCCUCGCUUAGUUUAGGAGAUUUUGUAGGCUAUUUCUACAAAGAUGUUAUUGCUAAGAGUUUAUAUUGCAUAUUAAAGCCUUAACAAUA